AUGGACCAGCAGAUCAUCUCAAACUUUAUAAAACUAUAUACCAAGGCCCUCUUCCAGAGAUGCUUCGAGGUGACCUCGGAUACCGAGUUAACACUGACUGUUACUCCAAGCGACUUUGAUGCUGAAUCUAGCCCAGUAGUGGAGGACAUUGUGUCUCUGGGCAAGUCCAUGGGCCUGGAGGUCAGUGAUGAAGACAUCAAAGAGUUAGUGGAGAAUCACAGAGAAGAGCUCAGCACUGAAGAGCUGCAGGAACUUCAAAGGGAGCAGCAACAGGGAGAGGCUGAGGAACUUUCUUCAGAAUCCCUCAGAGAUCCAGUUUCCCAGAAUCCGUUUCGGCCGAAAACUCCCGAAACGGAAGCGGCGCGGCAGGUGCAGUCAGUGUUGGCCUCUGAACAAUCUUCGUUCUGGAGCUCGCAUUCGCUUGACUUUAUCUAUCUCCAAGAGGAGAAUACAGAAGAAGAAAUGGCUCCUGUGUUCCUGACAACCAGGUCCCAGGAAUCAGUUACAUUCAAGGAUGUGGCUGUGAACUUUACCCAGGAGGAGUGGGGGCAACUGAACCCUGCACAAAGGGAAUUGUACAGAGAAGUGAUGUUGGAGAACUAUAGAAACCUUAUGUCAUUGGGACUCCCUAUUUCCAAACCUGAUGUGAUCUUUCAAUUGGAGCAAGGACAAGAGCCUUGGAUGCUUGAUGUGCAAGGAACUGAAGGGAGAGAAGUCCCAAGAAAUACCUCUUUGGUUUCAGGCUGGGAGAAAAAGCCUAAGACCUAUAAGUCAGUUCCAAAGCAGAACAUUUCAAAAGAAAUAAAAUCAACAGAGAUAUUAACAGAAAAAUCCACAAGAGAAAUUACGGCACCUGAGGUUAGAUUGGAGAAGAAAAGAGAAAACUCAGAAGGGAAGAUGUUGGAAAAUUCUCUUUCCCAAGAGAAAAAUUUCAAGAAAUUUUCAGUAAAUACCUCCAAAAAUUCCAAUAAGGACAGAGGCUCUGAAUGUAAUAUAUGUGGGAAAACCUUCAGACAUAUAAGUAGCCUUCGGAGACAUCAAAUUACACACACAGGAGAAAGACCUUAUGAAUGUAAUGAAUGUGGGAAAGCUUUCUUUGACUGUUCAUCCCUUACUAUACAUGAAAGAAUUCAUACUGGAGAGAAGCCUUAUGAAUGUGACGAAUGUGGGAAAGCCUUCUUUGACCGUUCACAUCUUAAUCGACAUCAGAGAAUUCAUACUGGGGAAAAGCCCUAUGAAUGUGAUCAAUGCGGGAAAGCUUUCUUUGACCGUUCAUCUCUUACUCAACAUCAAAAAAUUCAUAGUAAAGAGAAGCCAUAUGAAUGCAGUGAAUGUGGAAAAACCUUCAUCCAAAAAAGGAACCUUAAACGACAUCAGAUAACUCAUACAGGAGAGAAACCCUAUGAAUGUGGUGUAUGUGGGAAAAUUUUCAGUCACAAAUCAUCUGUAAUCCAGCAUCAGCGACGUUAUGCCAAAGAAUAACCCUGGGAAUUUUAGAAAUUUUGGGAAAAUUUCAGCCAAAAUUGUCACUUUAUUAAAUGCUCGAGGAUCUAGGCAUGAUGAGAGACUGCAUAAAAAAUUAGAGUCAAUCUCCCAUAUUUUAAAUAAACCUAUUGUCUAAACUUA